AUGACCCUCGAAUUCAACCUAAACACCGUGGGGGGAGGAUCUUACAUUGACUUCACCUACGACCAGACCCAAGAUCCCCAGAGCCACGAUCAGAAUAGGGUCCAGAGAGCUCGCCAGGCAAAUCGACUGACUCCGCCAUUUCCUUACUCUGCAGCCCCCAACUCGCACAUCAUUCCAAUCGUUUCAACAGCAAUGGCUGCCAAUCGAAACUGGCCCAUGGCCCUCGACAUGAACAACCCACAGGCUAUUGCAGCCCCGAGUUCGCCAGAGGACCACCAAGCAAACUCGCCGCUAUCGUCAAGUUCGAGUCCUCACAGCCAGCACUCGUCGCUUCAGCACUCGCCAUUCCAGGCAGCAGCGAAUCCGUUGACAGAUUGGGCUCUCCAGCAGCAGCAGCAACAGCAAGCGGCCGCCGCAGCAAUGUCCGCCCAUCAACGACAGCAGCAUUUGCCUGCCGCUGACCUGUCCCAGUUCAUCCAGGAUCCAACAUUGAUGGGCUUCAAUGCAUUCCCCAACUUCUCGACAAACCCUCUCGAGUACAUCCCCCCAACCACCCAGGCCGCCCUCCAGGCAAACCUGCUUGAGUCGCCGUUUGCUGCCAUUCCUUCUUUGGAGGAGGCCCAGGCUCUGCAAUGGGCGAACCCGGGUAUGGAUAACUGGAACGAUUUCCAGAACACUCUGCAAGUGGACGGAUUGCCUCGUUUGGACAGCGUUGGUAGCCACUCGCCUACGGGCACCUACCUCGAAGUCCUUUCGCUGCCUUCGUCUUCUGGCGAUGGCUGGACAAUGGUGGAUUGGACUCAUCACGGCCUCGAGCAGUAUCCUACGCACACUCAAAAUGCUGCCAUCUUCAACCCAUCGCAGACCUUGCACUUGAGAACCAACUCGGACUCGUCGGACGGCGCCAACUCGAUGGAAUUCGGCAGCUUUGAGGAAAUCCCACCAUUUCCAUAUUCUCCAUUCUCCAACGACUCUGAUGGCACUGAUAGCCAUAGCCACCGCAACUGCUAUUCGGCCGAUGGCCAUCACCACCACACACACGAGUCGGUGAGCCCUCCGGCAAACCCUGCCCCCUCUGUGGUUAUCAAGACCGAGCCGGCCUCGACCCGUCACGCCCCAGGAAGUGGUGCCGGCUCAUCGUCGCCACCAUCCACCACCGGUCCUCGCAGAAACUCGGGUCCCCGUAAGAGCCCCAUCAGCAAGUCUACGACCAAGUCUGUCGUUCGUCGUACUUCCAACGGCAAGAAGGAUGGUGCUGUCGAGAAGAAGGUUGGAAGGAGAAAGGGUCCUCUUCUGCCAGAGCAGCGAAAGCAAGCCAGUGAGAUAAGAAAGCUGAGAGCUUGCCUGCGAUGCAAAUUUUUGAAGAAGACCUGCGACAAGGGUGAGCCUUGUGCUGGGUGCCAGCCAUCCCACGCACGUCUGUGGCAGGUUCCUUGCACUCGUAUCGACAUCAAGGAUAUCGGCUACUUCAUGAAGGACUGGAAGGCCGACUAUGAGAGACACAUGGGCCGAGGCGUUUCUGUCUGCAAUGUCAAGGGCUUCGCCCAGAAGGAAACGCUCAUGUGGAUCACACACGGUUACGGCUAUGCUCUUCCCGUCAUGGUCCGUCAGGUCUACGUCGUCGACGAGAGCUGCUUCAACGUCGACUGGGUCGAGUCUUACUUGAGUGACCAGGAGCCCAUCGACUUUGAGACCCGCACCGAGAAGGUUGACGUCGGACUUGAAGGCAUCAACCUGAACGCACUCUCCGAGUACCUCGACAAGCACAUUGAUGGCCCCUUUGAGGAGUUCAUCGAUGACCACUUUGAGGGCACACCAUUCAUUACCGAGAUUCUCAAGACUGCUCACCGCUUCUACGUCAAGGAGAAGAUGCCAGUCAUUCGCAAGGCUCUCAAGCUUGUCCUUGCCUACAACCUGACCAUGCAUCUCACCAUGGUUGAGAAUCAAGGCGCCGAGGCUGAGCUGGAUGGCCAGAUCGAUGACGAGGACUCCAAGUAUUACGGCCGAACCGUUGCUCCCGUCAUGGUCAACUUCCAGAUCAAGUGUGCUCUGGCUGACAUGUGGCGUGAGCUCCAGAAGGACGUCCUGGAGGAGCUGUCCUCGCUCUACUCUGGUGUCUACAGUGGUGACAAGAUGAAGAACUGGCCCACCAUCUUCAUGCUGGCAUCUAUCUUGCUGGCUGUCUGGGAAGAGAUGCAGUUUGACUGCCACUACCGCACCGCCGAUCCCGCCGCGAUCAACAAGUUUUGCCACGAUAUGGAGUCAACACCUGUUGGCGUGAUUGUGGGACUUUUCCAUGCCAUUUCUGUGAAGUUGCCCAUCUUCACCGAAUGGGAUACCCAGAAGCAUGGACACAUUCUUCACAACAACAAAUCUGUUUGUGAGGCUAUGACUGAAGUGAGAGAUCAUGUCAAGAAGCAUGAGGCUUACCUUCGAACCCGAAAAGAGACCAAGUUUGAUCGUUACGAUUUUGACUCACUCUCAAACAAAUUCGUUUCCAAGCUUGUUAUCCGGGCUAGCUAA